AAAAACAUUUCUGCUCAUUUUGAUAAUAAGUUUGUUCACCAUAAAAAAUCGUUUUCAUUAACUUAACACUAAUUACAUUGACACACAACCAAUAACUCCAAUUUUUUUAAUACACUUUUUUAUUUAGUUACCCUUUCAACUUUGCGCCGAAAACAAUGUUUUAUUUCAACGAUAAAAUCGCUUUCCAAAUUUUUCAUCGACGCCAUCAAUAAUAAAUAAAAUUGAUUGCUCGAUGUGGUUUAUCUUUUUACGUGAGAAUUUCUAGGUAAAAUUAUGAGUGGGUAAUAAAUGAUUCAAUAAAAAAGCAAGUUGCCUAUCGUAAGCGGAGUUUACGGUGAAGUAAUUCCUAAGAUUAUCCAUCUUGAAUAAGUUCUAGUUUAAUUGGAGGUCGUGGGAAAUCAUGUUGUGUUGUCCUGGUUUUAAAACAAAACGAAAAACUAAGUUUGUCGACGAAAACGAGAAACGAAAAAGUUUUGAUACAUCUACACAAAAUUCUGUGGAAAAAUCUACGAAUACUAGUACGAAAAUUCAACCGGAAAUGAAUAUGGGUGAUACAGAAUAUGACUUAAUAGUUAUCGGAGGAGGAUCCGGUGGUUUGGCUUGCGCAAAAGAAGCAGCCGGCCUUGGGGCGAAAGUGGCCGUUUUAGAUUAUGUAACUCCAACACCGAUCGGCACGAAAUGGGGCCUCGGGGGCACUUGCGUGAACGUCGGUUGUAUUCCAAAGAAAUUAAUGCAUCAAGCCGCUUUAUUAGGAGAAGCCGUUCAUGAUGCUCAAAAAUAUGGUUGGGAAUUACCUGAAGCAUCAACAAUCAAACACAACUGGGAAUCUUUACGAGAAGCCGUUCAAAACCACAUUAAAUCGGUUAAUUGGGUUACCAGAGUAGAACUUCGCGAUAAAAAAGUAGAGUACAUCAAUGGAUUGGGUUCAUUCAAAGACCCCCAUACAAUCGAAACCGUCACCAAACAAGGUCAACGUUUGCUCACUGGCAAAUACAUUUUAAUUGCGGUGGGUGGUAGACCGCGUUAUCCCGAUAUUCCCGGUGCUGUCGAAUAUGGGAUUACAAGUGAUGAUAUCUUCAGCUUAGACUCGCCGCCGGGAAAAACUUUAAUUGUUGGGGCUGGUUAUAUUGGGUUGGAAUGCGCUGGAUUCUUAAAUGGAUUAGGUUAUGAAGCAACCGUUAUGGUUAGAUCAGUUCCAUUGAGAGGUUUCGAUCAACAAAUGGCUGGGAUUAUUGCUGAGAGUAUGGAAUUGAAAGGAAUUAAGUUUUUGAAUAAGUGUUUACCAACUUCUGUAAAAAAACAAGAUAACGGUCGUUUAUUAAUUUCAUGGAAAAAUAAUCAAAAUGAAGAAUUUUCUGACGUUUUUGAUACCAUUUUAUUUGCUAUUGGACGUAAAGCUUUAACUCAGGAAUUAUUGUUAGACAAUGCAGGAGUUAAAUUAUCUGAAGAUGGAGAUAAAUUAGAUUGCCUUAACGAACAAACGAAUAUUCCUCAUAUUUACGCUGUUGGAGAUGUUUUAUAUCGCAAACCAGAAUUAACCCCAGUUGCUAUUCAAGCUGGAAAAUUAUUAGCGAAACGUCUUUUUGCUAAUUCCCAAGAAGUAAUGGAUUAUGAUAAUGUAGCCACAACAAUUUUCACUCCAAUGGAAUAUGGUACGGUCGGACUUUCUGAAGAAGUCGCCAUCCAAAGGCAUGGUGAAGAAAACAUUGAGACUUAUCACGCUUAUUAUAAACCAACCGAGUUUUUCAUUCCUCAAAGAUCCAUUGUUCAUUGUUAUAUUAAAGUUGUUGCUUUGCGUACUGGUGAUCAACAAAUUUUGGGAAUGCAUUUUGUUGGGCCACAAGCUGGAGAAGUUAUUCAAGGAUUCGCUGCCGCUAUGAAGUGUAACAUAACAUUUAAACAAUUAUCAAACACAGUGGGCAUUCAUCCAACGACUGCGGAAGAAUUUACAAGAAUAAACAUAACCAAGAGAUCGGGCAAGGAUCCAAACCCCCAAUCUUGUUGCAGUUAAAAUGAAUUUAAAUUGUAUUACACUCCAGAUUAAUAUGUUAUUAGUUAUUCCAAUUUGAACCCAGUGCAAGACCGUCGAAAAUUAAUUAAAUCAUUUUUUUUUGCUAUGUAUCUGUUGUAAAUAGAUGAUGAGUAUUAAUGGAAGUGCUCAUAAAAGAAACACUUUGUUCUUUAGUGUGUAUGGUGAUAUUAAACGGUGCACAUUUUAUAAAAGUAUUUUUUAUUCCAACUACUAAAGCGUCACAGAUAUUUCUUGCUUGUUGUAUUUUUUGUGUUAAAUUGUUCACCAAAAUAAAAAAAAAUCAUUUUUUUACUA